AUGUGCAACAACAGCUUCCCCAAAGAGUUCCUCCUCCUGCCAUUCGCAAACACACGUGAGCUGCAGCUCCUGCACUUCGGGCUCUUCCUGGGUAUCUACCUGGCUGCCCUCCUGGGCAACGGCCUCAUCCUCACAGCUGUAGCCUGUGACCACCGUCUCCACACCCCCAUGUACUUCCUCCUCCUCAACCUUGCCCUCCUUGACCUGGGCUCCAUCUCCACCACUGUUCCCAAAGCCAUGGCCAAUUCCCUCUGGGACACAAGGGCCAUUUCCUAUGCAGGUUGUGCUACCCAGGUCUAUUUCUUUGUUCUGUUUGUCGCAGCAGAGUUUUCUCUCCUCACCAUCAUGGCUUAUGACCGCUACAUUGCCAUCUGCCAACCCCUGCACUACAGGACAAUAAUGGACAGCAGAGUUUGUGCCAAGAUGGCAGCAGCUGCCUGGAGCAGUGGCUUUCUCAACGCCCUUCUUCACACUGCCAAUACGUUUUCACUACCAUUCUGCAAGGGCAAUGUCCUGGACCAGAUCCUCUGUGAAAUUCCCCAGAUCCUCAAGCUCUCCUGUGCAGAUGCCUACCUCCGAGAACUUGGUCUUGAUGUGGUUAGUGAUGUUUUAGCCUUUGGGUGUUUUGUUUUCCUUGUGCUGUCCUAUAUGCAAAUAUUCAGGGCUGUGCUGAGGAUCCCCUCACGGCAGGGCCGGCACAAAACCUUUUCCACAUGCCUCCCUCACCCGGCCGUGGUCUCCUUGUUUCUUAGUACUGUCACAUUUGCCUACCUGAAGCCCCCCUCCAUGUCAUCCUCCUCUCUGAAUCUUUUGCUGGCAGUUCUGUACUCGGUGGUG